UUUAUGGGGAUUGGCUGUAAGGAGCUUUUGCGGAAAAGAAGUUAAACAUAAAACAAAUAGACAGUUAAACAGAACAACUAUGAGCUAAAGCGGGUCUACGCCGUAAAGGUAUCGGACUCGGUGUGUUUAGGUGUAUGAGCGUUUGGCAGACAUGGUGGAGGUAUUUUCUGGUCGGACUCUCCUGAAUAAAGACGGCGAGUUCGUGGAUCCGGAGGAAGCUCUGCGGAACAAGGUGGUGGGGAUCUACUUCUCAGGUGCAUGGUGCCCACCGUGUCGGGACUUCACGCCCAUUCUGUGUGAUUUUUACACGGAGCUGGUGGAAGAGAGCGAGCCUCCUGCUCAGUUUGAAAUCGUUUUUAUCUCUUCAGACAAGUCUCCUGAUGACAUGGUCGAAUAUUAUCAUGACAUGCACGGAAACUGGCUGGCUUUACCCUGGAAUGAUGAUUACAAGCAUGAGUUAAAGCAGCGCUACAAGAUCACAGCCGUCCCCAAACUGGUGAUCGUGAAGGAGAACGGAGAUGUGAUCACCGAUAAAGGAAGGAAGCAAAUCCGAGACCGAGGCCUGGACUGCUUCAGGUCCUGGUUGGAUGCUGCUGAGAUCUUUCAGAACUUCAAGGGUUAAGGAGAAGCAUAAACCAAAAGUCAAUUACGAAAAUAUUCAGCAGAAUAAAUUAAAAAAGUGACAAUGGAAAAAAAACAAAAAGAAACAAAAAAACAUUUACCCAAAAAAUCUCUCACUUGUUACUGAUGGUAUUGUUCAACCUUAUAACACUGUGAUUGAGCUUCUUUGAUAACAGCUUUGCAAACAUGCAGUGAAAUACUGCUCUAGUACAGACCUUCCUAUGCAUUUAAGAUUCAUCUCAGGCUCAGCUGUAAGGGAAACUGUAUGAUUCACAGCUGCUGUAGAUCUCAGGUUACAUUAAAUCAUCCUUCUGCAACAGUUAGGAUUUCUACUACAUCUUCCUCCUAAUAAGGAGACUUUUAAUACAUUACUUUGGCUAUAUAUUUUUAAGCAGCUCAUAAUUUUUUUCAUUUUAUGUUUUUUAUAUGUAAUUGGUAAUAAAAUGUACAUCUUAUGAUCUCUAAUGCUGUUUUCAGUUCCCUACCACUCAGCUUGUUUAAAAAAGAAAAACAAACUUGAUUCCCUUUUGCCUCAUUAAAUGUCAGAAAUCCCAGAGGGUCUGUUUCCAGCAUGCUUGCACCUUUGCCACCAAGAAACCUAAUUGCAUGUUUCCUCUGUGUGUGCUGAUUCAGUAGCUAUCAAUUUGUGAAAAUACAUCCAAUAGCAUGACGUCACGAUUCUCAGAGCGCAGGCUGAUCCCUGUAGGUUCAUUUUCUUUGAAACUCCUUCAAAGUGUUCACGGUAUCUAAUUAUCUGCACUGUCAAGAAGUUAACUGCUCCUUUCCUGAAUCACGUCAUUGUUUUUUUUUUCUUUAUGUCUUAAUAACAGUAAUAUCUUGAGAGGGCGGCAAACUUUUCAUUUUUUACAAGUAAAAAUGAUGCAACCUGAUCUGAAAUGAAACGACAGAGACAAUUUGGUUUGAUGGAAGGAAGGCCAUCAAAGCUGCAGUCCUCUGCACCACAUCAAAGUGGAUGGUGGUGUCAUGACAUCUAGAAAUGUAUUGAUUGAUCUUGUUUGCAUCAUUUAUUUUUUUCCCCAUUAGAGGUUAGGAUUUUUCAAGCCGCCACAAGAUGUCAUUGUUGCCUCUAUAAAAAUGAUAACUUAACCUCUGCUGCACCCACUGAGAUAUAUACAAUUCAUAGAAUAUACCACAAGAUUACAGUGUAAUAGAAGCAUCUGCAGGGUGUAUUCUUUGCAUGCAUUGUUCCUAUGUAUGACCAUUAUUUAACAUUUAUCUGUCGUCAGAGUAUCUACCUAUUUCAAGAAAAUUAUAG